AUGCUCACCAUUCAUCCAGCUCACCAGUCACACAACCUAUUUUCCCCUCAGCAAUCCCGGCGGGCCUGGAAAAGCAGUCUAAGAGGGACAGGGGAGGAGACCGGAGAGGAGAUAAAAUAUUUGACAGGAAGCGUCGUUUUGCCGGGAAUGCAAAUACCACGUGUCUCCGGCAGUACGGCUGUGAAGCAUUGCAGUGCAAAUCACGUCUUCACAAGGAGCGGUUGUAAGAUGGCGGCCCGGUGGGGAACAGGCGAAGAGAUUUUAAAUGCUCAUAAUAUGGAGUUUUUCUCAACUACAAGCCUGGAUGAGGCGGAGGCCCUUCAGGGCGCUCUCACGGUGGACUGUAUGGAGGACCAGGGCUUGCACUCGAGAGAUGUGGUGGAAGCCUUGCAUGGUUGCCUGGACCCCUCCAUCCUUUCCAUCUUUGAGGACUCCCCCAUCGGAGAGGCAAAAAUUGGAAUUGACGAGGAGAGUGAGGCGACUCUGCUUACUGCAUUAACUGAAAUACUUGACAAUGUGGACGACGAGAACCUGUCCCCAUUUGACACCCUGCCCGACGUGGAGCUGUUAACAGGUCAAAAGGGCCGAGAGCACUCACCGCUGAGGAAGCUCCUGUGCCUGUCACGGUCUCCCCCAGACAGAGAGUCCAUGUUCAACACGAGGUCAUUUUCCAGUCCAGGAAAGAGUUUACCCAGAAUGCCAAACGUGACGAUUCAGAGGAGCGACGGAGAGGACGAGGAGGAGUUUGCGCUCUUGUCUGACAUUGACCCGUCUGUGGACAUGCUGGAUUGGAGUAGUUUGUCACUGGAGCAGGACGGUAGCUGUGUGGCAGUCACCCUGGGCGACUUGGUGAAACGCAUGCACUGUGUGGCCGUGUGUCUUGAGGAGGGUGCAGAUGAGCAGAUGCUUCCGGAAGGUGGGAUUGUGCUUGAGGUGGUGGACCAGGGGGAGCACGGCGAACCUAUCCUGGCCAUCCCUAACCUGAGUGUUCAGCUGCCGGUUGCUGGUUCUGCAGAGUCCAAACAGGAGGUUCCAGAUGAGACCCCUGAGGUAUGCCAACAAUCCGCCGCUCCGGAGAGUCAUGUGGAUGCAGUGGAGCCGGCAGGCUCACCCCCUCCAGCACUCCAGGAUAAGGAAGAGAAGGUGGUCAUCAACCGACCAAAAGAAGAGAUGUCCGAGAAGUGUCCCUCGCGCAGGAAAAAGAAACGGAAAAAUAAAGAGGCCCAACCCCCGCCUGUAUCUGAGGGAAGGGUUUUGAGAAGCGCAUCGAAGGAUCUGGCGAAGAAGACUCAGAAAGAGCAGAAGCAGCAGCAGCAGCAGCAGCAGCAGCAGCAGCAGCAGCAGAAGAAGAAAAAGGUGAUCUUUGCCCCAGUCUCAACACCCCACUCUGAGGCGGUCAUACCUAUACCCCCAGCUGCCUUGAUUGACCCCCCUCAGGCAAUACCCCAAACCCCCGUAGAAAAGAACCCAGUGCCCUCAUCUAAUGAGCUCAGGAUGGAUGCUACCUCACCCAAAGCGUCACCAGUUCCUGAAUCACCACCUAUGCCAGUCCCAUCACCCGUGCCCGCCCCAGUGACCUCACCCAGUACUACCUCCCCCGUACCAGUCGGUGCCUGCACCCAGGAAGUGGUUCCGGAGGAGACUGCAGUUCCUGCGCUCAGCGAGUCCAAACCCAAGCCCCUGAGCCUGCAGCAGUACCGCCUCAUGCGUCAGCAGAAGAAGCCCUCUCCCCUGGAGAACGCUGGGGACAACAGCACCAAGUGGCCCUCUCUACCCGAGGCUCCCAUGGAGCUGCCCCCCAUUCCCUGCCUGCCGCAACCCAGCCCCAAGGAUCCACGCAAGGCCUCUACCCCCGCAGCCAGCAAGGAGCCCCCUCCCGAAGAAAAACUUGUCUGGCAGCCAAAAGGUCUGGCUGCUCCUCCCACUCCAGAGGCCCUGCUGGUGCCGCCCGCCUCACUUGUGGCGGCCUCCAGCAAGCCCACAGUGCCCAAACCUGUUCCUGCUCAAACUUCCUCAUCACCUCCUGUUCCUGUUCCAGCCCCAGCCCAGAGCCCUACUCUGCAGCCCCAGAGCCAAGCUUCGCUAGCCGCAUCACCAAACACUACGACCAGCAAUGUCUCGCUUCAUGCCGCUCAGCCACCAAAGCAAACUGCUGUUUACAAGGACGCUCCACUACCAAGUGCCACAAUACCCUUGGCCACACGGGUGCUGCAGGCUGUGGUGUCGCAGCCACGCAUCGCCCAGCUGCUUGCCGCUGCCCUCAAGGGCCAGAAGCUGCCGUUGGUGUCACCUCAGGUGGCCGCAAAACCCCAGGCCCCAGGUGAAGUUGCCCCCAGAACCACUAAAGAGGCUCAGCCUGCUGUUACCGCUGCCCCACAGAGGGUGGAUGCUGGUCCUGCGGCUUCAGCUGCUCCUUUGCCAGCCCUGAAAAAGCCAGAGCAGACCACAGUGCCACCCAAGUCAGAGCCAGCCAAAGUGGCUGUGCCAGUCACAGUGACCCAGCAGCGGAGGCAGGCACCCACUGCAGCCGCUGUGCCCACCCCUCUGAUGGUCCCAGCGCAGAGCCAGCGCAAAGCCCUACCUGCUCAGCCUGCACAGCAGAAGCAAACACCAGCUGUGGCACCAUCCAAAGGGAAGAGCCAGACCGAGGAGCUGAUUGAGUCCUUUACAAGUGAGAUCGGUAUCGAAGCUUCUGAUCUUGCUAGCUUGCUCGAGCAGUUUGAGGAGACCCAAGCCAAGGUGGAGCGCACUGUGCCGGAGGUCUUUGGCAGAGCAGCCGCUGUAGGAAACUCCAGCGUUGAGCCAGCUAUGGAGACUAAAGCAUUGGAGGGAACAAAAGUCCAUGACCUCGGCAGCACAGCAGGCCUCACUCCUCCAGGCACCCCGCCUCAUCAGAUGUGGAGGCCCCUGGUGCCAGUAGUCUCGCAGGGCAAAAGUAAGAUGGCCGACGGUGCCAAGCAGACCCCCACAAAGCUUAUCAUACAGAUUGACCCUCGGCCUUUACCUUCAAACAAACUUCGUGGCAGGGUUCAGCCCCUGGUUGCCAACCCGGCAGCCUUCCAGCCCUUCUCCCCCGACCAUGACUACUGCCUCCCCUCAAAGGAGUCUUCCUCUGAUGGUGGCGAGCGCUUGAACAUCAAGCCACAGCAGUCUACCGUCAAGACCAUUGAGCUCCCCUUGGAGAGAAAGGUGUCACGACAGCCCUCGACACAGUGCCCCCCUGUGGCCAGUAUAUGCAGCAAGGCCAACAGUGCUCCUCCCCCUCUAGAUGAAAAGAUCUUGAGCAGCUCUGUCCUGGUGACCCCAGACGCCUCUCCGUCCAGGGUCGAACCGGAGGCGGCAAGAACGAGAAUCCCCAAGCGCGAGUCUCCCUUGGGCCAUGUGUCCCGUUCCCCUAGCCCCUGUUGCAGGAAGAGGGGGCGGGCAAGGCGGCGCCAGUCAGCACACUCCAGCUCCAACAGCUCAGACUCCAGCUCCAGGUCAAGAUCCAGGUCUCGGUCCAGAUCUCCCCCCAGAAAACGGUGUUAUCGCUCUCGUUGUUCUGAGAGCAGCUCCAGCUCUGGGUCCAGGUCCUGUUCACGCUCACGGUCUCGGUCCCACUCCCCACACAGACGGCGGAGAUACUCGUACUCCAGCUCGCUCUCUGGCUCCUGGAGUCGAUCCAGAUCCCGCUCAAAUUCCCCACAGUCACACAAGCACUGGAGAAGCCGGUGCAGCCCUACAUCCACCUAUUACGGCAACCGGGACCACAGCGACGAAGUGAAUAGGCACAAAGAGAAGGCUAUUGAGGAACGUCGGGUGGUUUACGUCGGUCGCAUCCGUGGAGGGAUGACACGUCCUGAACUGAAAGAGCGCUUCUCGUUGUACGGAGAAAUAGAGGACUGCACCCUGCACUUUAGAGAGCACGGGGACAAUUAUGGCUUUGUCACUUACUACGACACAAAAGAUGCCUUUACUGCCAUUGAGAAUGGCGGCAAGCUCCGGCGACCCAACGAGCUGCCAUUUGACCUCUGCUUUGGAGGCCGGCGGCAGUUCUGCAAAGCCACUUACUCUGAUCUUGAUUCAAGUCGGGAUUAUGACCCAACAACAGCUAAACGCAAAAUUGAUGCACUAGACUUCGACACUUUACUCAAGCAAGCCCAGAAAAACUUGAAGAGGUAACAUGGAGAAGCCUGGGUUGCAGGAUGGAGACCCAAAUCAAUUACCUCAGGGCCUUCGCCAGGCUUCAAGCUUCCUCUGCUGCCCAGAUGUUUGUUUUGGUUGACUGUUUUUGUUUUAGUUUGUCCUAGUUUUCUGUUUGUUUUUGCAAGCUUACACCUUCUAUUGAAGUGAAGAUUUGUAUGAAAAGAUUAAAAUAGUACCAAAAAAAAACCAGAAUUAUUUGAAAUGAAAUUGAAUUUUUUUUUUUAAAGAUUGAUUUAUUUAAAUGUUUUAUUUGACAUGCCAAGCGCUGGGAAACAUUUUAAGACAUGGAAAAUUAUGUUGAAAUGGGAGCUUUUAUCAGUGUUUGGGGAUGAUUGUGAAUAACAUUACACAAAAUGUAUGUCAACCCUAAUAAAUAUUUAAACUGGCAA